AUGACACCAACUUUAUUUGAUGUGUACGAGAUUUUAGGAUUGGCUAUGGAUGGUGAGCCUGUUACAUGCCGUGCUAUUAGUGACCUCCACGAGUUCAUAGAAAACAAUUUGGGUAUAUUUCCCACUGAAGGCAACUUGACAAUCAUAAAACAUUCACGGUUGAAGGCUAAUUUUAGAGAAUUGCCACUUGAUGCAACCCCUGUGGAAGUAGUUAUAUAUACUCGCGUUUAUCUACUCUUCCUCAUCAGCAUUACCAUUUUCGUUGAUGCAUCAGUUGCAACAGUCCCAACAAGGUACUUGCAGUUCUUUGAAGAUAUUGAGCAAGCUAGCAGAUUUGUAGGGGGUAUUGUAAUCCUCGCAUAUUUAUAUCGUUCCCUUAGAAAAGCUUUUACUUUCAAGCGAAGGUAUUUUAGUGGUUCUGCCACUCUUAUGCAAGUAAUAGGGAAUUUGUACUUCAAGCCUACUGAAGCCAUUUCUGAUGACAAGCAUAUGACAUUCCAAACUGCAAUGUGCAUAACGACUCUUAUCUUUGAUGAUAUUGUCGAGCCAUACAUGCCAGAUCAU